CCAUCGUGAUUCGUGGCAGUGUGCCGCCGUCUAUCGUAGUCUCGUCGCAGAAUCCGCAACGCCUAAAAUAUUAUUGCCCGUCAGUCGCCGCAGUGACCGUUAAAUUAUUAUUGCCAUCCGACGUUAAGCACGAUGCGCAUUGCGUACGCAGCCUAAAGCGAACCGUCGCAUUACUCGCAUUCGUAACGUAUUAUCAAAAGUUUUACCAGUUACGUUCGACGGACGCUUCGAGAUCGUCGAGUAAUAUAUCGAAUGGUAAUGUCGCGGAAGCCGGUAGCUGGAAGAAAAAGGGGAAGGCCACCAAAGAAAGUACCAAUCACUGAACCUAAAAUCCAACCUGAAACCUUUCGGACGAAUGAACUUCCUGAUGAUGUUCCUACAACAUCUUUUCCAUCAAAAAAUGAGUUAUCAAAUGGUUUAAAGCGACCUUUGCCAGAUGGAGUAGACAGUGAUAAAAAAAAAAAAAUUAGACUAACUGAUUUAAGUGAAGAUGAAUUUGAAGAUACUAACGAUGAUAGUGGAACAAAUCAUAUUGAACGGUUGAUACAAAGAGUUUCGAAGACUCUAGAAAAUACAAAUGGUGUCAAAGAAUCUAAUGUAUCGAAUAAAACAUACAAUCCUAGCAAUGAUACAAAUUCAACUUGUAAUAUAAUUAACCAUAAUGAUAAAAAUGGCAUUGAUGAUAAAUAUUGUAAGGAAGAUUAUUCUGACAAAAAUAUUUCAAGUAAAGCUAUUAAAAGUUGUGAAGUUAUUGAAAAUGGCGAGAGUACUGUACAAAAUGGUGAAAAUAAAUUAGCUGCAAACGAUACAUGUACUGGCAAAGGAAUUUCAAAUUUAAAUAAAUCAUCAUUAUCAGACAAAAAUGUUGUUGUUGAUGAUAUUCCGUUAAUAGCAAAUUUAUCUAUAUCAGUUGAUUCAACUGUAAAGGAAAGUAAUUUAAAUCAUUCAAAUACUGAGGUAGCUAAAAUUGUAAACAAUAAAAAAAACGAUGCAGAACAUUUGCCGGUAAUUAAAAAUAAAAUACAAAAUUCGACAAAAAAAACUGAUGAAACUAAAAUUAUAGAAAAUCAUCCAUGUAAUAGUAAAACAAAUAAUAGCAAGGAUGUUGGUGCUUGUUCUAAUGGUAUUGAUCGAGAUUUUGAAGUUAUAGAUUCUGACACUAAUUCUGAUAUUUCAUUACCUGAUUUACCUGAUUUACCUGGAGAUAUCACUAAUAUUGUAAGUGGAGUACACCAGAUGACCAAAGAGAGUUUUCCACAGUUAUUAAAAUUGUUUAGUAAAAAGGAAUUGACUUAUGACCAAUUCGAUAGCUUGUGUACACAGAAAAUUAUUGAAAUUAUGACAGAAAAAUUAUAUUUGGGUAAGGACCGUUCAGAACUUCAGUUGUUGAGGGAAAGAGAAAAACAUUGGCGGUUAAAAUAUUGUUCACUAAAUAGACAAUUUAAAGAAAUCAAGACUAUUGUAAAUGUUCAUAAACAAGAGAUAAAAGCCAAUGAAAAUGCUAGACCACAUUUAAUUACAAGAACUGUUGGUUUGCAAGCAGUAUUGCGUCCAAAAAAGGAAGGUAGUAUGAAGUUACCAAAACUAGCGAAUCCUUUGCCAAAACCUGAUACUAAACCUGAUAAUGAACCUAAUAAUAAACCUAAUAAUAAAUCUGUAAGUAUUGUUGUUGAUGAUGAUAAUAAUGAUGAUGAUGAUGGUAAUGGUGAUGUCGUUGCAUUGGAUGCAGUAGAAUCUGCUAAUUUAUCAACUUCAGAUAUUGCAAAUAAGACUACAAAAAAGCAAAUACCUGCCCCCUUAGUUACUUUAUCAAAAACACCAGUGGUAUCUCCAAAGACUGUUACUGUUGCAAAGACUGUUACAGCUGCAAAGACUGUUACUGCUGCAAAGACUGUUACUGCUGCAAAGCCUGUGGAUCCUAUCAAACUUGGCACUACUAUAGAUUUAACAGGAAAUGAUGAUGUAACUGAACAACCAAUUAUAACUAAUUCGAAGGAACCAUUAUCACCUAUGAAAGUUCUUCGCCGGAGUCCAGCUAUUUUACCAGCACAAAUGAACGGCAUUUUGUCAAAAGCUUUAACUAAUGUACCUAACAAUUCAUCAUCCUCCUCAACUCUUAUAGUGAGAAAAUCUUCAACAAUUACUUCAGGCUCUCCCCAACGGACAAUUGUUUUGAAUAAAGACACUGUAAAUAAAAGUCCAAAUCUCAAAAGUAUUAAACCAAUUUUAAUUGAAGUUCCACGUGUUGAUCCUGUACUAGUUCAGCCUUGUGCCGUUGCUUAUACUGCUCAGCGUGUUCCAGUAUCUCAAAUAUCUGGAACAUUACAACCAAUUUCAACGGACCCUCGCCAAAUAACAGUAUCUCAACUUUCUGCAUCAUUAAAAAAUUUAACUCCAGUUUAUUCAACAACAUGCCAAUUACCAGUAGCCCGUGUAUCUGGAUCAUUGUCUGGUAUUGCCUUGCCAGGGGCAUCUUCUGGAACAAAGUUUACUACAUGUCGAUUACCGAUAUCAAUACGUUCAAUACCUCAGCCAACUUCUACUGAACACAGUUUAACAAGAUCUCAAUCAAACAAACCACCGCCUCCACCUCCUGGGAUUCCAAUUUCAGCAGCACAUCCGUCUCCAGUGCCCGGAAUUCCAAACCAAAAGAAUCUUAGUUCUUGGAAAAAGUUACCUCCGGCACCUAAAUUGACCAUUACUAAAACAACGGAAUCACAAAAUAUUCCCCAAUGUACAUUAGUGCUGUCAUGGAAUAUGACUGUUAAUAAAACAGUUGCAGACGUAGUAAGUUAUCAGAUAUAUGCUUAUCAAGAGAUCCCUAAUCAACCACCUAACAUUGAACUAUGGAAGAAAAUUGGUGAUGUAAAUGCUCUUCCUCUACCAAUGGCCUGCUCACUAACUCACUUUUCAAAUGGUGAAAAAUAUCAUUUUUUAGUGAGAGCUGUUGAUGUUUACAACCGUGUUGGACCAUUUAGUGCACCGCAAAGUACAACAUGAAUGGUGUUUUAAAUGUUUGACAUUAGCAAGUUAAUCUCCUAGCAUAAUGUUUUUACAUCAUGAGGUUAUUAUUGAGCUUAUUUUCGUGCUAAAUAAUUUAAUAAUUGUUUAAGCCUUAUAAAUGAUUAUUAUUAUUUUUUAUUUUUGUGAUCCUGUGUUAAUUUUUUUUUAAAACUCU